GGAUUGGUACCUUCAGAUAUUGGAACACAUUCCGCGCGAAAAGGUUCAGCGACCUUUGUUUCUUCGUGCUCAAAUGGGGGUCCCUCUGCUGCGGCUAUAUGUAUCAGAGCUGGUUGGAAGCUACUCGGUGUGCAGGACACCUACACUCGUUACGAGUCUGCUGGUGAUUGCAUUGUUGGACGUUAUGUGACUGGCUUACCGUUUGAUGAUACUGGUUUUGCUAUAUUACCGCCAUUUUUC